AUGGUUUUCAAAUUGCUGGUGUGCAUCGCUCUUGCGCUCAUUCUGAAAACCGGGCUCGUCUCUGGUGGUUCACUAAGCGAUAUCGAGCAUGUCGUUAUCUUCAUGCAAGAGAAUCGCUCGUGGGACACCUAUUUUGGUACUAUGCCGGGAGUGCGGGGCUUCAAUGAUCCCAAUGUCCAGGUCAACUCCGAUGGAAACUCAGUCUGGCAUCAACUAGUCGAGCCGGCUCAGUCAAACGCGACCAAGACCUUGCUACCCUGGUAUUUUGGAUAUCAAGGUGGUGACUGGCAUGAUGCGAUUCAGUGCAUGGUCGCGGGCAGCAACGGCUACGUGGAGAAUCAGCAGUCUCUAAAUAACGGGUUGAAUAACCACUGGGUGAUGAAAAACACCCCCUGGAGCUGGGGUUAUCUGAAACGGCAAGAUAUUCCGGUUCAGUUUGCGAUUGCCGAAGGUUGGACAUCGGGAGACAUGUACCAGGAAAGUCAAAUCACUGCUACAAGUCCUAACCGGGUUACUCUGGUCAGUGGCUCUAUCAACGUUCCCGGGAGUCCCCAGAGCAAGGACCAGGGAGGUGUAUAUAUUGACAACAAUGAGGUACCAGGCUGUGAUGAUCACGGUAUCAACUGCUAUCCACUCAAAUGGAAGACCGUCUAUGAAUUUUAUGAAGAGGCAGGGGUCUCUUGGCAACUCUUCCAAGACACAAACAAUUUCGACGAUAACCCCGUUGCCUGGUUUGAACAAUUUCAACAAGCCUCAAAGAAUAGCCCUCUGGCCAAAAAAGGCAUGUCCUUUGUUGGCCUUGAUUCCUUCUAUCAGGCUGCCGCCAACGGCACAUUGCCCGAGAUCAGUUUUAUCGUUGGCCCGGCCGAGCUGUCUGAGCACCCGCCAUACAUGCCGAAGGAUGGAGCCUGGCUUCAGAAGAAGGUUGUCGACGCCGUCACGAGUAGCCCUAAAUAUAACUCAACACUUCUGAUGAUCAGCUUUGAUGAGACUGGUGGCUUUGGUGACCAUGUCACCCCCUUCCAUUCCCCUAAAGACACUCCGGGAGAAUGGAUGCCAGAUCCUCUGGGUAUGUUCUCGGAUAUCUUUGUGGGGCCUGGAUUCCGAGUACCAUUCUACAUGAUUUCUCCGUGGACCCGAGGAAACCGCGUGUUCACUGAGCGGGCAGACCAUACCUCUCAGAUUCUCUUCGUUGAGGAAUGGCUGACAGCGCGGGGACACAAAAAUAUUACAACCGAUCAGAUGGUUUCAUGGCGACGCAACCACAUGUCUAAUCUAGUCAACGCACUUGAUUUUGAUCAUCCAGACUACUCUCUUCCGGAUCUUCCGGAUGCCGGGACGGUUGAUACCAACGACAAGGGUGAGUAUAUCGGUACAUCUAACUGUCAGUCUCGCCACAAGCAGACACGCCCUGAUGUUCCAUAUGGGGCACAGACCAAUGCAACCGAUGUUAAUACCCUGUGGUUUGAAGAGGGUUUCAAAGAGGUGAUUGGCUACCUCACCGAGGGCCGAUAUCUAGUCUUUGAGAAGAAUGGAGCAGCCAUCACUAAUCCAGCCCAUGGCCACCGCCUUGUGGCCAGCCCUGCUAGCCCUCAGCACAACAAUAGAUCCCAGCGUUGGGUAAUCCACUACAACGAUGAUGAGGAAAGCCACACAUUUACGAUUUCCAGCGCACUGGAUGGCCGCUGGAUUGGUGCCGGUGGUACUUUGGUCCCCAAAAAUCAGAGUGAACAUGCAACUCAGGUGCAAUUCACCUUCUUAGGCAAUGGACUUGGCUAUAUCAUGCAGUUUGUGGAGCAAGGGCGGUACAUCGACAUUGACAAGAAGGGACACUUGGAUGCUAAAGGUGGCCAGGAUAAGCCUACCACUGGCUACAAGGUCUUCAGUGUCUCCUUCCGUGAUUAG